GCUCAGUUGGGAGGGCCCCAUGCUACUGAGCGGAGCUCCUCCUCCGGGCUCCGGCCCCGGGCCGCGGGCGCAGGGCAGCGCGGGAGGCGGCCCCGGGGGGUCCCGCCGCGGGGCCGGGGGCGCGGGGACCGGCCCGGGAGGGGGCGGCAGCGGCGGGGUGGCCAAGUGGCUGCGGGAGCAUCUGGGCUUUCGCGGGGGCGGCGGCGGAGGGGGCGCCAAGCCCGCCCCUCCGGAGCCCGACUACCGCCCCCCAGCGCCCUGCCCGGCCGCGCCCCCUGCGCCGCCCCCGGACAUCCUGGCCGCCUACCGGCUGCAGCGGGACCGCGACUUCGAGGACCCCUACACCGGGGGCCCGUCCGCGUCCGCCGCCCUCUCCACCCCCGCCGCCCCUGGCCCUACUCCGCCCCCGCGCCACGGCUCACCCCCGCAUCGCCUCAUUCGGGUCGAGACCCCAGGCCCCCCGGCGCCCCCUCCGGAGGAGCGGAUCUCCGGACCCCCUGCCAGCGGCGACAGGUUGGCAAUCCUAGAGGACUAUGCGGACCCGUUUGACGUUCAGGAGACUGGUGAAGGCUCAGGAGGCGCUUCAGGAGCUUCAGAGAAGGUCCCUGAAAAUGAUGGCUACAUGGAGCCCUAUGAGGCCCAGAAGAUGAUGGCUGAGAUCCGGGGUUCUAAGGAGACGGCAGUUCAGCCCCUACCUCUCUAUGACACACCCUAUGAGCCAGAGGAUGAGGGGGUCAGCCCAGAAGGAGAGGGCACUCCCUGGCUCAGGGAGUCCCGUCUGCCUGAGGACGACGAGAGGCCUCCGGAGGAGUAUGACCAGCCCUGGGAGUGGAAGAAGGAACGGAUUUCCAAAGCUUUCGCUGUUGACAUAAAGGUCAUCAAAGACCUACCUUGGCCUCCGCCUGUGGGACAGCUGGACAGCAGCCCCUCCCUGCCUGACGGGGACAGGGACAUCUCCGGUCCAGCUUCACCCCUCCCUGAGCCCAGCCUGGAAGACAGCAGCGCCCAGUUUGAAGGAUCGGAGAAGAACUGCCUGUCACCUGGCCGGGAGGAGAAGGGCCGGCUACCUCCUCGGCUCUCUGCUGGAAACCCCAAGUCGGCCAAAGCCCUAGGCGUGGAACCCAGCAGCCCCCUCGGGGAGUGGACAGAUCCAGCACUGCCUCUGGAAAACCAGGUCUGGUACCACGGGGCCAUCAGCCGAACAGACGCCGAGAACCUGCUCCGGCUGUGCAAGGAAGCCAGCUACCUGGUACGCAACAGUGAGACCAGCAAGAAUGACUUCUCUCUCUCCCUCAAGGCCAUCUGCGGCUCCCAAGUUACUGCGACCGCCUCACUGGUGCUGCAGUGUAACUCAAGAAGGGAGCAGUCAGGGCUUCAUGCACAUGAAGCUGUCCCGGACCAAGGAACACAAGUAUGUGUUGGGCCAGAACAGCCCACCCUUCAGCAGCGUCCCUGAAAUCGUGCACCACUAUGCCAGCCGCAAGCUGCCCAUUAAGGGGGCGGAGCACAUGUCCCUGCUCUACCCAGUGGCCAUCCGGACUCUGUAGAUGUGAGACCAGGGCACUACGAUAGACCUGGACCAAGCCCUUGUCACCUGCCCUAGGGCUGUGGUUCUUUCUUGCCAAGGACAUGAUGUCACAGACCUGGCUGCCCCUUGUCCUAGGAUCUAGUAGGCGCUGAAGAUACCUUAAUUUAUUAUAAAGGGGAGAGAAUCCUGGGCCCUGGAAUAAAGGGGCUGUGUGGGGCUGCGAACAGAGGAAAGCCGGAGGAGGAAGGAGACUCCCGCCCCUGUCAGACCCUAGGGAGGAAGUGGCUACCCCCCCACUCCCAGCACCUUCCUCCGCUCCUCCCCCUCCAUCUUCCCAGCCCCUGUUCCCAGAGGGCCUGGCCGGGCUCGGGGCCAGAGGCUCGACCAGGCACGGCUGCAGGCGCCGCCCAGGGGCUGACGGGAGGGGACGGGGAGCGAGCGCAGACUGUGUCGGUCGAUAAACCCGCGCUGGAGCUGCCGCCGGCCGCCUGCGGAAAGCA